AUGGCGCGCGGUGCCCAGCCGGUCGCUGAACCCUCCGAGUUCGAAAAGCAACGUCUUGCCAAUAUAGCCGAGCGCGACGCCCUCCUUCGCAAACUGACCCUAGAAGCGCAACAGGCAGGUCUCUACUCCAAGCCGGCCCCGAGCAGCGCCAACGGCCAGAAACGGCCGGCGAAGCGAAAGGAACCUCCUGCCAAAAGGGUGAAAAAGGAGGAAGCCCCCCGCCGGGUGUCGUCUCGACUUGCGGGCCUCCAAGCCGACAGCGAGGUGGUCAAGCAAAAGGCCGAAGAGGCAUACGAGAGGGCGAAAGAGGAGGAACGACAGCGUCGGCAGCGCGUCACGGGCGACUUGAGCUUCGGGUCCAGCCUGAUCGGGACGGACGUGCUCCUCAAGGGUGUCGCGAAACCCUACGAGCGGACGUUUGACGACGAUGAUAUCCGCGAGACGGGCGACAAGGACCUCAAGGCGCUGCGGGAGCGCAUGAGCAGUCUCGAGGUGUGGGAUCAAUGGGAGUCGAAUCGGAUAAAGAUCACUCCGGAACGAAUAUACUGUAUGAGUUUCCACCCGGCGGCGACCAAACCGAUUGUGUUUGCGGGCGACAAGGUCGGGACGCUGGGCAUUGUCGAUGCGUCCCAGACCCGCAGGACGAACGUCAAGGCAGAGGACGAUGUCGCGGGCGGCGGCGACGACGACGACGAUGAUGAAGAGGACAAUGAUCCGGAUCCGGAAAUCACGCACAUCAAACCUCACACCCGCACCAUCUCGGCGAUGCACACGCACCCCAGUAAGCCGGAGACGAUAUACACGGCGUCGUACGACUCGUCGAUCCGCGCGACGGAUCUGACGAAGGCCGUGGCGGUCGAGGUGUACGGCCCGGCGGACAAGGAGGACGACGAGCCCGUGUCGGGCGUCGACAUGGCCGCGGCGGACCCGAACGUGCUGUACUUCACGACCCUGAACGGCGCGUUCGGGAAGUACGACACGCGGCAGGCCGCUUCCAAGGCAGACCUGUACCAGUUGUCGGAGAAGAAGAUAGGGGGCUUCAGCCUGAACCCCGUGGCACCGCACUACGUCGCGACCGCAUCGCUGGACCGGUACAUGAGACUCUGGGAUCUGCGGAAGAUGACCAAAUCCUUGCCGACGCUCGUGGGCGAGCACGAGUCAAGGUUGAGCGUGAGCCACGCGGCGUUCAAUUCGGCGGGCCAAGUGGCGACGACGAGCUACGACGACACCAUCAAGAUUCAUUCCUUUGGCGUCAAGGGGUCGAGGGCCAGGGGGGCCACUGCGCUCGAGACCAUGGAGACGUGGAAGGCCGGAUACACGCUUGACGAAGAGGUCAUGAAGCCCGAGGUGGUUAUACGGCACAACAAUCAGACGGGUCGAUGGGUAACCAUCUUCAAACCACAUUGGCAGACGUUUCCGCAUGAUAAUAUCCAGAAGCUUGUGGUUGGGAACAUGAAUCGUUUCGUCGAUGUGUACGCUGCCGAUGGAACUCAGCUCGCCCAACUUGGUGACGAAGGGAUAACUGCCGUUCCCGCCGUUGCCGUAUUCCAUCCGAGUAAGGAUUGGAUAGCGGGUGGUACUGCUUCGGGAAAGUUGUGUCUCUGGAUGUGA